UGGACGGUUUGAAACUUCCGGCUCCAAGUCGUCCUUCCCGCUGCCGUCGACCCCCGCCUUGCCUUGCUCGUUUGUGUCGCCGCGGUACACACGUCAUGACAGGGAGCAGCGCAAUGUCUGUGGCAGACUCGCACAUUACUCGAGCGUCGCUGAGGACUCUGGACAAGGAACGUAUACGGCAAAAAGCGCUGCAAAUGAAGAUGAAGGAAAAAUUGCGCAUGUCCAUGUGUGUUCGGAUUCAAAAACUCGCCAAGAAAUCUCCGCAAGUGGCGCAAAACUUGUCGAUCAACAUCCUGGCACAUCUUCAACAGAACGCUUUGUCCACCCAAGUUUCUGACGACCAACUCGUGGCCCUCGUUCGUCAAUGGUCGCACCAGGCGUCGCAAACCGACGGCGAGAAACCUUCCUCCAAGCACGGCGCGACUGGCAUCGACGAUUCCCAUCAAACAGAAAAACCUCGCAGCAGGAAGGUUAGCAAGACGACCCCCCAUGCAAGCUCAAGGAGUGCGAAAUCGGAGUCCCAAGGCGGAGACAGCCCCUACACGACAGAGGCUCAGCUACAGCAAAGAAGCGUUGGAUUCGUUUUGCCGCAGAAGAAAUCGCCCAAGAAGCAUAAACAGGGCGACAUUUGGAACGAUCUCGUGCAAUAUCAAGGCCUGGUCGAGGCCCAAGAAGCUCAAAUCAAGAGAGUUGAAAGGGAAGCCAAGAAGUCGCAAUGGUCGAGCGAGUUGGAAGCUCAGAUCGCUGCCAAACAGUUGCGGCAACACGAACGCUCGGUGGAAGAUGAAAAGUACUUUGAAGAGAGCAUGAAGAAUUUACAGCGGCUCAAUGAAAUCGAGGAGGAAAAGGAACGACGACGCAUCGAACGGGCAAAGGAGCAAAACGUGAUCCAGGAAGAGCAGCGGCAGUUCAAGCUCAAGAAGAAGCAGGAAGAGCUGAACGCUCGAAGGGAAGCCGAAGCGCGUAUGGCUGAAACAAUUGCUCGGCAAAAGAAGGAGGAGGAAGCGAAAGAAAUUGCUCGAAAGGAAGCGGAAAUGAAAAAAAUGGCCAAAGUGUUGCUCGAAAACUCCGAGCAACUCAACAUUAAGAAGCAGCUGAAGCAGGCGGAUCGGGAGCUGGAGCUCAAGCUCGCGGAAGACUACAUUCGCAUGGAGGAGCGCAAGGAAGCCCUGCGCCAAAAAGGGCUCGAAGACUUGUCCAUGCGAAUUCAGGCGAAAAUGAAAUUCUUCGACGACACGUCCAAGGCCGAAAUGGACAUGAAGAACAAAGAGGAUGAGCUUCGCGUGCUGCGAUACCAAGCGGACUACGAGAAGAAACAAAUGGAACUCGAAGCGAAGAAGAAGCACGAUGCCGCCGAGCGCAACCAGGCGCAACAAGAGUACUUGAAGGCACAGAUCAAGCUCAAGAAAGAUCGGGAAUCCCAUGAAAAAGAAGAGUACAACAAACAAGCCGACAUGUGGCGCAACGAGCGCGAGGCGAACGAGAAGAAGGAGCGAUUACUCCAGCAACAGCGUGCACACAAAAACCAAAUGCAGCAAAAUUGGCUGAAGCAGCAGAUCGAAGCCAAGGAGCAGCAGUUGCUCAAGGCGGAUCACACCAACUUGGAAGUCCAGAUCAAUCAGAGCUUACUGCAAAAAGUCAACGAGAUGAAACACAGCGAUGCCGUGUCCACCGUCGCAGGCAAGACGCGGCAACGAUCCCGCGAACUCCACGAUGUCGAGAAGCGAACGGAUUCGCGCAAGUUGAAAGACCCGCGAUUAAAACCAACCACGCGAAAGUAGAUAGACAGACCAAUGUCCGACCAGAUAAAACGAUGUAUUUCUAAUACGCGUCCGCGACUG